GAUAGAAGCUUACAAGUAUCAUAUCAUACUCUGCACACUUUAAAACCUAGGACUUGUUGAGAAAGAAGAGAGAACCAAGAUGAGAACCGCACACCCAACCUCAAAGCCAUCCCUACUCUCCCGCCUCACGGGCCGCACCCACAGGAGAACCGUCACCACCACCACCACCACCACCACUCCAAGGACUGCCAGCCGUCGCCACCAUCGCGCGACCGUGGCCGCACCGGCGCACCAUCACAAGCGCCGGCCGAGUAUCGGGGAUAAGAUCUCUGGAGCCCUCCUGAGGCUUAGGGGAAGUUUGACGCAUCGGCCCGGUGUUAAGGCUGCUGGGGCGAGACGUAUGCAUGGGACUGAUGGGCGGGGAAGUCAUCGUGUUUACUAGUCUAGGUUGGGGAGAGAAAGAGUUUGGGGGACUUGGAUUUUAUUUUUCUUAUAUCUUGUACUUUUUGUUUGCAGUAUACAAUUUGGCUUUUGGGGAUUUGGAGCUGUAGCCGUGAGUUUCGGUUUGGGGUAUGUCACGGGGUGUUGUUAUUUCUGUGCUACCGGGUGUAUGGUGUACUGUACUCGAGUACCGGUACUGUACAGUACUCGGGUAUUGUACCCGGUGAUAUUCCACCCGGGUACUGGGAGUGUAGGAUACUUGAGUGGAGAGACUAGGAAAUGCUGAGAUUAGUAGAGCAUGUACGAUAUUAUGCAGUACGAGGAUGGGAGUU